UGUACCUUGGUUUGCAACGUGGCGACCUAGACGUCAAGGAAUUAUACAGAAUCUUGAUCUUUCCUAUUUCAUCAAAUUGGUGAUUUGAAACAUCAGACAAUUUGUAAUCGGGAAAGAGAUGGAUGAUCCCUCAGAAGACAGUCAGCCAGGUCAGCCGGGUGUUGUCAAAAAGAUUUUUAUAACAAUAUCCCAGAGAUACCAAACAUUUCUUGACACAACAGUUCCACAUCUUGCACUACGAUGGAUUUCAACUCUGGUUAUGAUACUGCUGUUUCUCGUCAGGGUACUUUAUCUUCAGGGCUGGUACAUAGUCACAUAUGCUCUUGGUAUUUACCAUCUUAACCUGUUUAUCGCAUUCUUGACACCUAAAAUUGAUCCAGCUUUAGAAGAAUUAGGUGAGGAGGACCUAGACGAAGAUGGGCCUGAACUUCCUACUAAAGCUGAUCAGGAGUUCAGACCUUUUAUCAGAAGGUUACCAGAGUUUAAAUUUUGGUAUGGAGCAACAAGAGCUGUUGUUAUUGCCAUAGCAUGUACAUUUUUUGAAUUUUUUAACAUCCCUGUGUUCUGGCCCAUCUUAGUCAUGUACUUUAUUGUACUUUUUAUCAUCACAAUGAAGAGACAAAUUAAGCAUAUGAUACGGUACCGAUAUCUACCAUUUACUUAUGGAAAACAGAAAUACAAAGGCAAAGAUGAGUCAAGUGAUGUGAUGAAAUCAUAAGGUUAAAGGACAAAAAGUUAUUGUUGCAAAGUUGUACAGUAGAAUUUUUAGUUAUGGCUAACAGGAUGUGUACAUCUGAGUUGAUAAAAAUGCAACCUCAGAACCUCAUCUUUCAUCGUCUGAAAUUGGAGUAAUUACUGCAAUUAUUAGUAUUGAUUUUCCUCUCUGUAGAUUAUUAUUAAUUUUGAUCUAAAAAGUGUCAAUGUUAAGGUCUGUUGGUUAAGGAAAAAAGGUUAUUUUCAAUGUCUCAUUCAUGUACCAAACUAUAGGGAAAGUAUGCUUGUCCUACCUUCACUCUUAAGACCUACAUUUUCUGUGGUGUACCAACAAGGAGAAUUUGUUUGAAAAGCAGUAAGCCUCUUAAAUUGGUGAUCAUUUCCAUUAUUCUCUGGAUCUUUACAUUAGAUUCAAGUGUGGUACUGUGAGGAAAAAUUAGAAGGAGUUAAAUUAAAGGUUAUUACAGUUUACAUAACACUGUACACUCAAGAUGUCAGUCGUAUCUAGUUUUUCUUACUUACGACUGUGCAACCAUUUUAUUCGGAAAUUUACAUUAUGAGGCAGAUUCUUAGAUGUAAAAGAAUCCUCUUGUUUUUAAAUAAAGUUUAUUGAUAUUAGAUUUCUAGAUGCCCUCUAUUUCCCAUUUUCUCCCUUGUCUAUUUUGUGGGAUAAGGUAAAAGGAGAAAUGUACAAGUCUCACCAUCCAUCAUUUUUUAAACUGCAUACACCAGUAAGAAUGGGGAAAAGAUGGCCUUACCUUGAUCUGCAGUAUGUUUGAGGUUUCUGAAAGACAGGGUUGCUGUCUUUGCUGUCAUGAAUUUGGAAUGUAGAAACAUUCAGUAACUAUUAAGUAAGAUGAUAUGAACCUUUUACUCAGAUGAAUGGGUGAUUCCUUAUGGCUCACCUUCCUUGUAGAUAUCUUCAAUUGAGAUGAAGGCUUCAUGUAUUUAGGUCAUAGAAGACUAAAACUUGGUGUGCAUGUCCAUUUGCGUUAAAUUCUUCUUGUUUGAAAAUUAAAUAGAUUUUCUUAAAA